CGUAUGGAGUGGCAGAACCCAUAACAGAACGAAUCAACCCGCACUCGAGACCCGCUGUCUCGUACUACUUCCCAAAGGGCGUGGGCUCUUAUCAUUUCGGGGAACUACAUCCCAUGAAGCCGCAUAGGCUCACGCUUACCAACGCGCUCGUCAUGGGAUACGGGCUCGACAAGCAAAUACACGAGAUCUUCGACGCACGACCAGCCACCCGAGAAGAGCUCGAAGUAUACCACGACGCGGAUUAUAUCGAAUACCUGAGCAAAGUCACCCCACAAAACCAGAAAUCCAUGAAAGCUGAGGUAGAGGCGCACAACUGCGGCGAGGACUGCCCUAUCUUUGCCGGCAUGUACGAUUUCUGUCAAAAGUACGCCGGCGGGACGCUCGCCGCGGCGCGUAAGUUGUGUUCUGGGAAGACCGACAUCGCUAUCAACUGGUCUGGCGGGCUUCACCAUGCAAAGCGAGGCGAGGCAAGCGGGUUUUGCUACGUGAACGAUAUUGUGUUGGGUAUUCUCGAAUUGCUGAGAUACUACCCACGAGUGCUAUACAUCGACAUCGACAUCCACCACGGCGACGGCGUUGAGCUGGCAUUCUACCACACGAACCGCGUCAUGACACUCUCCUUCCACAAAUACACCGGCGAGUUCUUCCCGGGGACCGGCAAGCUGGACGACAACGGCAUAGGUCUGGGAAAGCACUUCGCCCUUAACGUGCCACUGCAAGACGGGAUUGACGAUAAGAUGUAUCUGGAUCUAUUCAAGAGCAUCGUGAACGACGUGCGCGACAAGUACCAGCCUUCCGCUAUCGUGUUGCAGUGCGGAGCGGACUCGCUAGGUUGCGAUCGCCUCGGCGCGUUCAAUCUGUCCAUUGCAGCCCAUGGUGCGUGCGUCGGCCACGUUCGCGCGUUCGGUAUACCACUGCUGGUCGUCGGUGGUGGCGGGUACACGCUCAACAACGUCAGCCGCUGCUGGACAUACGAGACCGCCGUGCUCGCCGGCGCGACAGUGCCCGACGCCCUUCCCCGAACACCCUACGACUCCUUCUUCGCCGACUCGCGCUGGACGCUGCAUCCACCACUCACCGGGCGCGUCGACAACCAGAAUACGCCGCAGAGCCUCGCGAAGAUCACGAGCGCCAUCCGCGGCAAGCUGCGCUACCUCGAGGGCGCGCCCAGCGUGCAGAUGCAGGAGAUCCCGCCCGACCUCGAGGGCCUGCUCGCCGAGGAGGUGCGCACGGCGGAAGAGCAAGCAGAGGAGCGCGGCGCGGAGUCGGCCGGCGAGUUUCGCGAGGCAGAAGAGAAGGCCGAGCCUGAGGGUGCCAGCGAUUCGAUGCGCGUUGAUUCCGAGGACGUGGAGGCGGACACGUCGGGCGUGUACGGGCGGCGAACGGGCCCUGCCCGGCGAGCGCGUACGCGCACCCGGGCGAACGCGGUGCCACAUCCUCACACGGACGACGACAGCGCGUCCGACGCGCCCGCGCCAGCAAAGAGGGGAAGGGGCAGAGGGCGCGGCCGCCCGCGCGGUCGGGGGAGGGGAGGCAGGGGGAGAGGGGCGCGGCCCUCAGCAGCAGCCAAAGAGGAUGCCAGCGCCGGGGCAGAGUCGUCCACGGUGGACUCCCCGGCGCCGGAUAUGGAGGUAGAUAGCUGAUCCGGGAUCUGCCGAUGCAUAGGCACGGAAGUUGAAGUUGCGUCACGCGUGACAACUCUUCUUGCCACCGACCACUGCGACCCCCGUUGCUAGCCUCCUGUCGUCUUUCACCCACUUUUCGUCUUGCCGAUUGUAUACUACUUGGACUAUCUCGAUUGUACUCGGACUCUCAUCGCAUUUGACGCCUGCUAUGGACCGCCUCUUCCUCAGCAAAGACAGCUUUCUCUAUGACUUUCCGCCGGCUGUCGCUUUGCUUGGGAAAAACCAUGACCGAGCAGUCGCCAAGCUGACGCCAUACCUCGAGGAUGGCUCACUAUCUCAGAGGGACUUCGAUAGCACCCUAAACCUGGUCGACACCGUAAUGGACCAGCGUCUUAGUCGGACGAACAGAAUCCUCCACUACGCCGGAUUCUGUGCAGUCAGCAUGCUUGCUACGAACAGAAUGCU